AUGAGUGUCAAGAGUUUAAAUUUAUAUGACUUAAAAGAACUGUCUCUUCAAAACGAAGGAUUGGCAUUAAUAGAAAUGCGCCAGAAUUUUGGUGUAUUACAUAAUGCACCGAAAUGCAUAAGAGGGCAUAAAAUGACAUUAACACGCGAAGAAGUGUCUUUGGAUAAAAUCAAAUGGAAGUGCAGGGAAAAACAAACUAAAGUAGUAUGUAAUAUUGUAAUUCAUGAACUUCUUAGUUCAUGA